GAUUCACUCCGAUUGCGGCCGCAACUAUCAAGAACAGACGAUUGGUCGCGCACUCUCUUAAAAAAUUGGCAGCAGGUUGAAUGGUCGAUGAGAUUGUUGCCAGAAAGGUGCCCACCAAUCGGCAACAUUUAUUGGCCCCGUUAGAAGCUACAAUUUGGAGGCCUCCUCACAAUGGGCGCUUCACCACCUAUAUAGCGGUUUGCCUCCAGUGAUUUGACUUGUGCGGUCGCCAUGAAUGGAUAUGUAUUUCUCAUCUGCGCCCUGACGCUCUCUUUAGCGGCUGCCGAAAGUUAUAAUGGAGAAGAAAGUGCCAGCCUGAACGGCGACCAAGACGAUGGCUUUGCUGAACAGACCGCAGGAGUGAAGCAGCAACAACAGCGCCCAAUAAAUAUCAAAGGCCAGCAGCAACAGGAGCAAGAGCCGCAAGAACAGCGCCCAAUAAAUAUCAAAGGCCAGCAACAGCAGGAGCAAGAGCCGCAAGAACAGCGCCCAAUAGAUAUCACAGGCCAGCAGCAACAGGAGGAAGAGCCGCAAGAACAGCGCCCAAUAAAUGUCAAAGGCCAGCAGCAAGAGGAGGAAGAGCCGCAAGAACAGCACCCAAUAAAUAUCAAAGGCGAGCAGCAACAGGAGGAAGAGCCGCAAGAACAGCGCCCAAUAAAUGUCAAAGGCCAGCAGCAAGAGGAGGAAGAGCCGCAAGAACAGCGCCCAAUAGAUAUCACAGGCCAGCAGCAACAGGAGCAAGAAGCGCAAGAACAGCGCUCAAUAAAUAUCGAAGGCCAGCAGCAACAGGAGGAAGAGCCGCAAGAACAGCGCCCAAUAAAUGUCAAAGGCCAGCAGGAACAUGAGCAAGUGCCGCAAGAACAUCGCCCAAUAAAUAUCAAAGGCCAGCAGCAACAUGAGGAAGUGAUGCAACAACAUCGCCCAAUAAAUAUCAAAGGCCAGCAGCAACAAGAGCAAGAGCCGCAACAGCGCCCUAUAAACAUCAAAGGCCAGCUACCGCAGCAACAUCACCCUAUACACAUCAAAGGCCAGCAACCGCAGCAACAUCACCCUAUACACAUCAAAGGCCAGCAACCGCAGCAACAUCACCCUAUACACAUCAAAGGCCAGCAACCGCAGCAACAUCACCCUAUACACAUCAAAGGCCAGCAACCGCAGCAACAUCGCCCUAUAAACAUCAAAGGCCAGCAACCGCAGCAACAUCACCCUAUACACAUCAAAGGCCAGCAACCGCAGCAACAUCACCCUAUACACAUCAAAGGCCAGCAACCGCAGCAACAUCACCCUAUACACAUCAAAGGCCAGCAACCGCAGCAACAUCACCCUAUGCACAUCAAAGGCCAGCAACCGCAGCAACAUCACCCUACACACAUCAAAGGCCAGCAACCGCAGGAACAUCACCCUAUACACAUCAAAGGCCAGCAACCGCAGCAACAUCGCCCUAUAAACAUCAAAGGCCAGCAACACCAUCAGCGACCACAGAGUAUACAGGAGCCUCAAGAACGACACGUCAUGAAGCAUUACGAACGUCCACAACGUGAACGGCGUCCGCACCGCCAGAAGGGCCCAAAGAGGCAACAUCGCCCUGGUUCCCACUCAUGGAAUUACAAAGGACAAAAACAACAGCAUCGGUAUCCCCAGUAUCCCCAACAUCCCCAAUAUCGCCAGCGCCCACAGAAUCCUCAGGUUCCAUCCAGACCAUGCUGGAAGGGUGGCCAAAAAAGUCACCACAAGUGUUCAGAUCAGAAGGAAACUGACAGGUUGCCGGUACCUGACGAAUACUUUGGUGGUGGUGGUCAGGAUACGAAGGGCCAGAAGUGGAGACCCAUCGAGCCGGCUCAGGAGAACGGCACCAAAGGAGGUCAGAAAGGACAGGUUGACGACGUUGGUGCCUACGAAGACUACGCCGAGGAGGAGAACAGGGAUGACGAAGAAAGUUUUGAAGGAGGGCUGGAAGAGUAGAGAAGCAUAGGCAUGAGGAACGCACCCACUUUCCAUGCAAAAACGCCGAGACUUGGAGCCUUGCUUUGCUCUUCAUAUCAUGUGCAUGGAACUACUUGUUGCGGAAUAAUAAAGAUCAACUCAACUGUAAACGGCCCAAUACACUGAAGCACACAAGCUGACUGAGAAUAAACAUGUUUAUUUUCAUCUCUA